AUGGUACGACAUUAUCAACCUAAAGGAAUUAAGAACAAGUUCUCUGACGAAGCCCUGAGAAAGGCACUGCAAGAUCUUGCUGAAAACCAGGACAGCAUAAGGAAGACGGCAGCUGUGUACGGCAUUCCCUACUCAACCCUUCGCGAUCAUCACAAGGGAGUCAGAAGAGAGAGAAAUAGUGCAAUGUUGCAUUGUGUGCUGCAAGAGAUGGGGUUUCCCCUUGAUAGAUCAAGUCUCAGCAACGUCAUCUCAGAUUACCUUAGAGCAAAUGCUAGAGAAAAUCCUUUUCCUGAUGAUUUACCUGGUCCUGACUGGUUUGUUGGCUUCUUUAAGCGAUGGAAGAGUGCACUGAGUCAAAGGAAACCACAACAUCUGUCAAAGAAACGUGCUAAGGCAUUGACCAAAGACAGAAGUGAGGGUUGGAUAGAAUUUGUCAAGAAGAUCUACAAGAAGGCUGGGUUGUUUAAACUGAGUAAGAAAGAGCUGUCCAAAAGAAUUUGGAACUGUGAUGAAACCGCUUUUGCUACAGCCUCCUCAUCUAGAAUGGUCCUAGCUAGGAGAGGAGCUAAGUCUGUAUAUGAGACCAUGGCAGGGAGUGGACGUGAAUACAUUACUGUCCAUUGGGGUGGAAAUGCCAAUGGAGACAAAAUCCCUCCCUAUGUUCUAUAUAAAGCUCAGCACAUGUAUCAUACCUGGACCCUUAGUGGCCCUACUGAAGCAAUGUAUGGAGUAUCAGCCAGCGGGUGGAUGGAAAAACAAAACUUUUACAGCUGGUUUGUAAAAGGCUUCAUACCAGUGCUCAAGAAGAUGAAACUGAUUGCAGAAAAUGAAGAGCCAUCUACUACACUGACGACAACAGAACCAAGUCUUGUCAGUGACAGUAGUGAUGACUCAGACUUCACAGAUGAUACUAGCCCCAGCGUGAUCUUGUUUUUCGAUGGACACUAUUCACACAUCAACUUGGAUGUCAUCAAUGUGGCAAGAAAAUACAACAUCAUUCUCGUAACCCUGCCUCCAAAUACCACGCACGCAUUACAACCUCUGGAUAUAGGCGUGUUUGCUCCCAUGAAGAAAAAUUGACAGAAAAUUCUGACCGACUACAAACGAAGAACAAGGGGACAAGGUGUCCAUAAAACAAUUUUUCCCAAAUUACUAAAACAGCUGACAGACACAUCCAUGAAACCACACCAAUUUCAAGGUGCAUUUCGAGGAGCUGGUUUAUAUCCAAAGCCAUCAGCUGCAGCCAUUCCUCAAGCAAAAAUUAGUCCAG